AUGACGACGAUCCUCGAGAAACUGGGACUGCCGUGGCCCACGACGACGCCGUCCACCGAGCUGGAGAUGCUGGACAUUCUGGUGGGCGCCUCGCUCGACUACAGCUUGCCCCUGCUGUGGGCCUUUGCUGUGGGCCGCCACCCGCGCAAGAACCGGCAGAACGCCGUCUACGUCCUACUGGACGGCACGACCAGCAUUUGGUUCCGCCACGUACGCGGCAUGGCCAAGCGCAAGAAGAUAUUCAACUUCCUGCGACGGUGUGCCGAGAACAUUGGAGGCAAGGGCCAGUCGUACGACAGCAUGAUACGCAUCCUGCUUCGCACGCAUACGGAAAUAGAGCGGGCCCUGAAGUACCACUUCGAGAUCAACCAGCCGGAGUUUAUGAACUUCAGCGACGUCAUGCUGCGAGUGGCCGUAAACCGCCACCUACCGGACGAAUCGCAGCAGUGGCCCGACGACGAAAUAGUGUGCAUGCAGCGUGCCGCAUUCAUCGGCUUCCGGCAGCGGCACCUGGCCGACGCAAGCAAGGCAGCCGCCUUCAAGUUGUACGCCGGAGCCUACCUGGUCUGGUACCUGGCCCCCUACACGUCGCCCUAUCUCACACAUUCGCUCAUGGCAGACCUGGGUGAGCGUGAGCAAGAAUGGGACUUCGUUCGCCGGCGCUGCUCGAGCCUCGUGCAGAACGCGCUAACGCUAGCCUUCUGGAAAGCCAGGCAGGACAAGGUCCAUCGGUUGGAGAAGACGGUCGCGUUCGAGACGUACAUGUCUCUGCGCAAUGCCUUGAAGUCCCUUGUGUACCAAUACGACGAUGCCGUGGCCGAGCACAUGUCCGACUUCAUCGAGACCCUCUCGUUGAACGUCUACAACAUGUCGCUCGGAUGGGACGUGCUGGAGAGGAUUUACCGGCCCAUGCCGGCCGUGAAUGGAAUGUUCAUGGAUAUGUACAGUACACUGGAGGCGUACAAAUCGAACCUACUGCGGCGAUACAUUCGGAGGCCCAAUAGCAGCUACGUGUACGUGCCGCAGUUGUUCGAGGUGCGCCCCUACCGACUGCUCGCGGCUCGAGAGAUAUACGUGCCAAUCACGAACCAGCUGUGGCCGCUCUUCGACGUGAGGUACCCGCUGCCGGUGCUCAUGGCUAGCUUUGGAUGGCAGGCUGCGCGCGGUCUCAUCGAGAUGAUUUACUACACCUACUUCGUGGACGGCAACUUGACAAAGAUUACAGGCGAGCAGAACACGUUCCCCGCGCCGCUGAGGCGGGCCAUCACGCAGUUCCAGGAAGACCUACGCGGGGCGAUUCGGCGAAGCGAGAACGCAACGCUGCCGGAUGCCGAACUCGACAGCGCGACCACUGAGGCCAUAGCCCUCCUGCUCGCGUACUGGGCAUCCAAGACUCCGCUAAGGAAUCGCACCUACAGGAACCCAGAAGGCGAGCGAAACAGAGCCGGAACGACCGUAUGGGAGAGCGACGACCAACACGUGUACUUCGAGGACUUCCCGGCAGAGCGGCUGUUCUUCCUGGUCAGCUGCUUCCGCCAGUGCAACUUGAAGCCCGGAAUGCGCCAGCGGUUGCACUGCAACCAGCUCCUGCCGAGGCUGCCGGGCUUCGACGUUGCUUUUGGCUGCAAGGCGGGCGACCGCAUGUUCGUCGGAAACAACCAAUUGUGGAAGCAGCGCGCAGCGACUGAGAUUUGCCGUAACAACGGCAGCUCCUGCGACGCGUGAUCCUUGAAUAUUCUGACACGCGUGCGCCUUCAUUUUUCUUAGUCAUAGCUACGCUAAUAUUUUACUUUUGCUUACUAUCAGUGAAAUUUUGGAUAUUCUCUUAUUGCAUGACAUCUGUUCUACGAGCCUGCGCGUUUCUCCAAUGUCCGAUUACGGGACGCGCCAUUGACUACAAUGAAUGGACAUGAAUUUUACCCAGUGAUGAUCAUGCGCCAGACAUACGACAUGCGCCAAAAACUGCUGCGCAAGGACUGCUGCCUGAUCCCGCUUCGGUCCAGCGCUCGCCGGCGGUGGCAUUUGCAGAGUACUUAUUGAACGUUUCACGUUAGAUGUGAUCAUUCUUGCUCUUUUUUUUUUACACAAAAUGAAUUGCGCCGAUGCGUGAGCUCCUAAGUAUACAAAGCUUGAAAAAGACGCAUUGCUCAUGUAUUAUCCAGUUAGCCUUGUGUGGAAUAGUUUCAGAUAUGAAGCACAUGACGCUGUGCAUGCCCGUGCCAUAAAACGAUUAUACGCGAAUGUACUCUACCUACUUCUAUAAAGGAGGGGUUAUGUCAAUGGAAGUAACAGAUAUUUAACGAGCACUUAAUGUUCCGUUGCUCCUCGGUAUUUCACGCAUGAUUUCAUCGUUUUCGAGUCACAGGAAAGGACCAACAUUCACUAUGGUUAUGUUUAGUGAACUUUACGGAUUGUGACUCAUACCUAUGUACUCAUGUGGAGAGAAGUCGGAGAAAAUGCAAGGGCGGACUGUAUUUGUUAAGUCGCUUACACUGAUAUUGUAGGUGCGGUGAUUAGUAACUUGCUCCAGCAACAAAAUAUUCUUGCCCUUCUUUGUUCAAUGCAUGCACUGAUUCAUGUCGAUGAAAUGAGUGCAACAAAGACAUGGGCAAGUUUUGUGGCGUGCAGCCUUCUGGAAAGAAUUGCAACCGCCUUUAAUAUCUUUGGCCGAGUUCCGUUGCCUAACAACUUUGCGUCACCAAGUCAGUAUAGCUUUGUCAGAAUAGCUUCCCAGAGUAAUCAGUUUUUUCGUUUCAUGUAUCAUUUUUAUAUUCGCCGUUUUGUCAUAAUACGGGCAUUUUGGAGUCAUAUUGCUGUCUACUGUGCGGCCACGUGCGCUCACUAUGCUGCGAUGAGGCGCUAUAGCGUAAACAAAACCAAGCCCAAGAAUGGCUGUGUACUGCUAAGUACGAGCUAAUCUUUACACCUUCUCAUAAACCUACCAGGACAAAUGCCACAUGGAGAUUUCAUACGCUGUUAGGCUGCACGCGCAGCCGGAUAAUUGUUGUUUCAUUCUUAACGUGAAUCUCCGUUUUGACCAAUUGUGCGGGCACUUGGAGCGGGAUCAUUUGUUCUAAAAACAUAUGUCAGUUUGUAGUUUUGUUUGACUACCUCGUGUUUUUGUUGUUUCUUUCGAUUUAGAAAUUUCAUGAUUGUCCAAAUAAAACAUCUGAGAGCGUGCACUUGA